CGCCGGGCGGUUCAGUGGCUCGAUCGAUGCGGGAGAGAGAAGAGGUUUUUCCGGAUUCGUCUCUCUUAUCCGGACGCUUUUCUCGCCUUAUUUCGGAUAUUCGGAGACUCGCGGCCGGACGAAGGGAUUACGUACGGUGAAGAUAGUCUGCCUUCGACCUCGUGGAAGCGGGUGAGUGCGCGGGAGGAGAGAAAAGAGGCGAAAUAAGAGAGUGAGGAGAGCUGAGCAGGCAGGAUGAGUUAUCAGAUGCCUCAGCAAGCCCGGCCAAUGUCGCAGGGGGGUUACCACAACCCUGCGGACAUGCCCAUGCAGAACCCCAAGGAACAGAUUGCCAUGUGGCAGCAGAACACCUACAUGAGUGACUCAGGUAUCCACUCUGGUGCAACCACCAACGCACCCUCCCUCACCGGCAAGGAGGAGGAGAUGGACACAGAAUGGAUGGAGGGCAGAGCACAGCAGGGAUUCAACCAGGCCGCCUUCACCAGUGAGCAGGUUGAUGACAUGAACCAGCAGCUGAAUCAGACGCGUUCCCAGCGUGUCCGUGCUGCCAUGUUCCCAGAAACACUGGAUGAGGGCAUGGAGAUCCCCUCCACCCAGUUUGACCCCCAGCAGCCUACAGCUGUGCAGAGGUUGGCAGAGCCCUCACAGAUGCUCAAACAUGCUGUUGUCAACUUGAUCAACUAUCAGGAUGAUGCUGACCUGGCAACUCGAGCCAUCCCAGAGUUGAUCAAACUGCUCAAUGAUGAGGAUCAGGUAGUUGUCUCCCAGGCUGCCAUGAUGGUCCAUCGCCUCAGCAAGAAGGAGGCCUCGCGCCAUGCCAUUAUGAACUCCCAACAGAUGGUGGCUGCCCUCGUGCGUGCUCUCACCAAUUCCAACGACCUGGAGACAACCCGUGUGACUGUUGGGGCCCUGCAUAAUUUGUCCCAUCAUCGCCAGGGUUUACUGGCCAUUUUCAAGUCCGGUGGCAUUCCAGCAUUGGUGAAACUUCUUAGCUCACCAGUAGAGUCAGUGUUGUUCUACGCCAUCACCACACUCCACAACCUCCUGCUGCACCAGGAAGGCUCCAAGACAGCAGUGCGCAUGGCAGGAGGUCUCCAGAAGAUGGUUGCCCUGCUCCAACGCAACAAUGUCAAGUUCCUUGCCAUCGUCACAGACUGCUUGCAGAUCUUGGCGUACGGCAACCAGGAAUCCAAGCUGAUAAUCUUAGCAUCUCAGGGACCUCAGGAGCUGGUUCGAAUCCUACGCUCCUACACCUAUGAGAAGCUCUUGUGGACGACCUCCAGGGUGCUCAAAGUUUUGUCUGUGUGUUCAAGUAACAAGCCAGCCAUUGUUGAAGCUGGUGGCAUGCAGGCACUUGCCAUGCACCUAACACACCAGUCAACCCGCCUUGUCCAAAACUGCCUGUGGACGCUGCGUAACCUCUCAGAUGCUGCAACCAAAGUCAUAUUGGCAUUGCAGGACAGCAUGGACCAGCUUCUGCAGAAUCUUGUGCACUUGCUCCGUGCCAGUGACAUCAACGUGGUAACUUGCGCUGCUGGAAUCCUUUCCAACUUGACUUGCAACAACCAACGCAACAAGAUCACCGUUUGCCAAGUGGGAGGCAUUGAGGCUCUUGUGGCCACAAUCUACAAUGCCGGAGAGAGGGAGGAGAUUACGGAGCCUGCUGUUUGUGCUCUUCGUCACUUAACCGCAAGGCAUCCUGAAGCUGAAGUAGCCCAGAAUGCCGUCCGCCUAAAGAACGGCAUCCCCAUCAUUGUGAACCUCCUGCAUCCCCCCUCCCGGUGGCCCUUGGUCAAGGCUGUCAUUGGCCUCAUCCGAAACUUGGCUCUGUGCCCGGCCAAUCAUGCGCCUCUGAGGGAGUCUGGGGCCAUCCCUAGGCUGGUGCAGCUGCUCAUCAGGGCCUUCCAAGACACACAGAGGCAACGGUCAUCGGUUGCUAGUGGUGGUUCAGGCAGCAUCGGGGCCUAUGCUGAUGGAGUGCGCAUGGAGGAGAUUGUUGAGGGCACAGUAGGUGCUCUGCACAUCCUGGCUCGCGAGUCGCACAACCGGGCCAUCAUUCGUGGCCUCAACGUCAUCCCAAUCUUCGUUCAGCUCUUGUAUAAUGACAUUGAGAACAUAGAACGUGUGGCCGCUGGAGUGCUUUGUGAACUGGCAGCUGACAAAGAAGGCGCUGAAAUGAUAGAGCAGGAAGGCGCCACAGCUCCCCUCACUGAAUUGCUCCAUUCGCGGAACGAAGGUGUCGCUACUUACGCCGCAGCCGUGCUGUUCCGCAUGUCAGAGGACAAACCCCAGGACUACAAGAAGAGACUGAGCAUGGAGCUGACCAACUCCCUGUUCCGCGAGGAUGGAUCCAUGUGGCAAGGAGACAUGUCUGCCAUUCCCCCUGAUCUCCAGGACUUCAUCACUCCUCCUGAGGGCCACUACGAUCCCAUGUAUGCUCAAGGGCCGCCCAGUGUCCACAGCGGACAUGCCGGGCCAAACUAUCAAGGAGGCUACGACCAUGUGCCUGUGGACUCGAUGCAAGGCCUGGACAUAGGCUCCCAGCACGGUGGCCCGGGAUCCAACUACGGCCCUAUAGACCCCAGGGACCUGCCGCCCGGACAUCCCGGCCAUCCCGACCUGACCUUCGACCAGCAAGCCCCACCGCAGCCCCCUCGCGACAAUAACCAGAUGGCAGCCUGGUAUGACACGGACCUGUAAGGGGGCGUAGCAGCGCUGCAGAAAAGACAAAACUUUAUUCAAAGGAACUAGAUGAAGAAGGGGAUACCAUGCCUAAUCUUCGCAUGGUCUACAACCCACGAGUGAAAGCAAGAUCGAGCAAGAUUGUCUGUUCACUUUAAUCAAAAAGAAAAAUUAAGAAGAUAUCUGUGGUGGAACUCAAAUUCUAUUACAUGCAUGCGUGUGUGAAUAUACAUACUCUUACAUAUAUCUGCAUGCAUGCAUGUGAGUGUGUGUGUGUUUAUGUGUGUAAGUAUAUGUAUGUGUGUGCAAUUAUAUGUGUCUCUAUACAUAUAUAAUUUGAAUAUUCAAAGAAUAGCUUACAUAUUGCCAAUGAAUAGCAAGGUCAGCAAACAGAAAUGCUUUAUCUUCAAAAGUCAGAAAAGUUAGAAGAAAGCAAUGCUUGUGACGUGACCUGCAAAACAGCUGAAAUUCUCCAGUUUCAGUUAUUUCUAUACCAAUUUUUCCCCCUGUGGUGAUGAUAAUGAUGAACUUUCACCACGGGGCAUCCUGUUAAGUACCGGUACUUUUUCUUUUCUUGUUUUCCUCUUCUUUUUUGUACUUUUAAUGAAGCCCAUGAAUUUUUUUUAACUAUUUAAAAGAACAUAACAAAAUGCAUGCAAAAAAAGAAGGGCCCUUCCAAUAUUCAAUGUUUAUGUCUCAGGUGCUGCAGAAGCUUUUUUCAGCCAUUAGUUUUUGUAGGAGGCAGCUGCAAGGCAACUUCCCAUUUGUCGUUUGUGCAGCUUCGUGAGGUAGCUCUGCUAAGCAAGUUUUUAUCAGAGAGGUUAUGCAUUUAUUUUGUUGACUUGAU